AUGGCCGUGUAUGUGGUGUGUAUGCAAACGGCCUCUAUGUCCAAUUUAUCAACAUUGCAUGACACACAAUGGGGUCGUUAGCCAGUCAUCCAUCAGCUUCAAUGGAACAGGAGCUCAGCUGCCAAUCAACCAUUCAGGGGAAGGGAUGUGGGCUGAAUAUGGAAGUUUGGUGUCUGUAUAGAGGGAGAGAGAGAGAUAUUACGGGAAGCUGUUCUGUGUGUGUGUGUGGACUCUAUGACUUGGGCACUUCCCGGAUAUAUUAUGUAUUAAGAAAAGCGGAUAGAGAAGGAGGGGAUGAUGUGGUUUUAUAAUCUCCCUGAGAGCCGUUGAAGCUUGUUCUAAGUGGUCUUCUGUUAUGGUGUUAGUUAGGGUUAUAUUUCAGAAUUUUUAGGGGGUCCAGGGGUAUGAACCUCUCCCAAUUUUCCCUCCUACAAAUUCCACCCUGGUUUGGAAUCAUGGUUUCGGCCUUUAAGACUCAUCUAGAAGCAAUGAAUCAAUAGCAAACUGAAGACCUUAGUCUGUGAUUAAUUGGUUCACUUGCUCUUUUUGGAAUAGGAAGAGUUUUAAAAACACAUAAAGACCAAGCCACAUCAGAGUCACUCAGUCUUCCAUUAGGUAAUUACAAUACUUAACUGAUUAAUUACACAAGUCAAUGAGAAAGAGAUCUGUACUAUGGGUGUGGAGGGAUAUUUGAUGCCAAGCUUUUGGUGCUUUCCAGUGUUAGGAAGAAACAGUUUAAAGGCAGUUCUCUGGGGUUGGUGGUUAGGAUGAUGGGUGUGUGUGCGCUCGUGUGUACAGGGCCAUUAUCUCUCGAAUGUGAGCUGAGAAUCCGAUCUUACUGCCUGCUGUAAACAGGAAAGGACAGAGCCCUGCAACUAUUUCCGUUGUUCCCUGGAAAAACGCCAACUCUUUCCAUCUGCUGUAUUUGCCCAUGGCAGAUUUUGACAUCAUUCCGGAAGAUGUAACUUUCCCUUGAACCUGAUACAGUGGUUAUAUCUGUGUGUUUCUGUGUGUUUUUGCAUGUGUGAUCAUUCGACCAGAAUUGGGAGCAGUGGGUUCAUCCAUAAACACAACCCAAGGGACCCACACCUCCUCUCACUCUGACCCCAAACAGUUAUCCUUCUGACCCAUUGGCCCAUUGGGAGCCAACCUGAAAUGAACCCUCUACUGUGUGUUGACCUGGUUAUUCUAACAGUGUGUGAUGUGUGUGUGUUGACAGGGAGAACUGCCUGUCCCCAGUCAGCCCAGAGACGUGUCCCCUGGUGCAGGCGUUCCUCUCCCCAUGGAGGAUGUUCCUGGCCCACGCCCACACCCAGCUGAAGACCGGCCUGCAGACGCAGGAAAGACACCUCUUCCUUUUCACUGACACACUCCUCAUCGCCAAGGCCAAGUGAGUCUCUCUGUGUGUGUGUGUGAGAGAGAGAGGGGGGGGGGGGGGGGAGAGAGAGAGAGCUAAAAACAGCAUUCCAUCUCUCUUUCUUUCCUCCACCAAGUGAGACAUACUGUAUCCCUCUCUCAUCCCCUCUUCCCUCUCUCUCUCUACUCCAUACUCGCUCCUAUCCAGCCUAUAAUUACCUCUUCAAAGUAGCCACCCUUUGCCUUGAUGACAGCUUUGCGCACUCUUGGCAUUCUCUCAACCAACUUCACCUGGAAUGCUUUUCCAACAGUCUUGAAGGAGUUCACACAUAUGCUGAGCACUUGUUGGCUGCUUUUCCUUCACUCUGCGGUCCAACUUAUCCCAAACCAUCUCAAUUGGGUUGAGGUCAGAUGAUUGUGGAUGCCAGGUCAUCUGAUGCAGCACUCCAUCACUCUCCUUCCUGGUCAAAUAACCCUUACACAGCCUGGAGGUGGGUUUUGGGUCAUUGUCCUGUUGAAAAACAAAUGAUAGUCCCACUAAGCGCAAACCAGAUGGGAUGGCGUAUCGCUGCAGAAUGCUGUGGUAGCCGUGCUGGUUAAGUGUGCCUUGAAUUCUAAAUAAAUCACUGACAGUGUCACCAGCAAAGCACCCCCACACCAUCACACCUCCUCCUCCAUGCUUCACGGUGGGAACCACACAUGCGGAGAUCAUCCACUCACCUACUCUGCGUCUCACAAAGACACGGCGGUUGGAACCAAAAAUCUCACAUUUGGACUCAUCAGACCAAAGGACAGAUUUCCACCGGUCUAAUGUCCAUUGCUCGUGUUACUUGGCCCAAGCAAGUCUCUUCUUCUUAUUGGUGUCCUUUAGUAGUGGUUUCUUUUCAGCAAUUCGACCAUGAAGGCCUGAUUCACGCAAUCUCCUCUGAACAAUUGAUGUUGAGAUGUGUCUGUUACUUGAACUCAGUGAAGCAUUUAUUUGGGCUGCAAUUUCUGAGGCUGGUAACUCUAAUGAACUUAUCAUCUGCAGCAGAGGUAACUCUGGGUCUUCCAUUUCUGUGGCGGUCCUCAUAAGAGCCAGUUUCAUCAUAGUGCUUGAUGGUUUUUGCGACUGCAUUUGAAGAAACUUUCAAAGUUCUUGAAAUGUUCCAUAUUGACUGACCUUCAUGUCUUAAAGUAAUGAUGGACUGUCCUUUCUCUUUGCUUAUUUGAGCUGUUCUUGCCAUAAUAUGGACUUGGUCUUUUACAUUUACAUUACAUUUUAGUAAUUUAGCAGACGCUCUUAUCCAGAGCGACUUACAGUUAGUGAAUACAUAUUUUUUUUAUACUGGCCCCCCGUGGGAAUCGAACCCACAACGCUGGCGUUGCAAACGCCAUGCUCUAUCAACUGAGCUACAUCCCUGCCGGCCAUUCCCUCCCCUACCCUGGACGACGCUGGGCCAAUUGUGCGCCGCCCAUGAGUCUCCCGGCAGCGCCGCCCAUGAGUCUCCCGGCGGCGACAGAGCCUGGAUUCGAACCAGGAUCUCUAGUGGCACAGUUAGCACUGCGAUGCAGUGCCUUAGACCACUGCGCCACUCAGGAGUUAUAAACAGCGGACCAAGGCGCAGCGUGAUAUGCGUACAUCUUUUAUUAAGUACACACACGAACAAAACAACAAACCAAACGAUACGUGAAGUCCUAGGUAAAUACACCAAAACAAACCUUACGGAACAAGAUCCCACAAAUAACUAGUGCCAACAGGCUGCCUAAGUAUGGUUCCCAAUCAGAGACAACGAGAAUCAGCUGCCUCUGAUUGGGAACCACCCUGGCCAACAUAGAAAACACGAACUAGAACAAAACAUAGAAAAUCACACAUAGAAAAUCCACACCCUGGCUCAACAUAUAAGAGUCCCCAGAGCCAGGGUGUGACAGUACCCCCCUCCCAAAGGCGCGGACUGCGACCGCGCCAACCAAACACAAGAGGGUAGGGGCCGGGUGGGCAUUCCGCCUCGGAGGCGGAUCCGGCUCCGGGAGUGACCACCACACUUUCUCUACCCCCCCGUUGCACCCCUGGUCUGGUCCCGCUGGCCGGAGCUGGACUGAACACCGGUGGAGUGGAUUGCUCUGGCUCCGGCGUGGAGCAGCUGACCGGUGCCGGACCAGGCACCGGUGGAACAGGCACGGACCGUGCCGGACUGACGACGCGCACCACUGGCUUGGUGCGGGGAGCAGGGACGGGCCGGACCGGGCUGAUGACGCCCACCACUGGCUUGGUGCGGGGAGCAGGGAUGGGCCGGACCGGGCUGACGACGCGCACCACUGGCUUGGUGCGGGGAGCAGGGACGGACCGGGCUGACGACGCGCACCAUUGGCUUGGUGCGGGGAGCAGGAACGGGCCUGACCGGGCUGGCGACGCGCACCACUGGCUUGGUGCGGGGAGCAGGGACGGGCUGGACCGGGCUGAUGACGCGCACCACUGGCUUGGUGCGGGGAGCAGGGACGGGCCGGACCGGGCUGACGACGCGCACCAUUGGCUUGGUGCGGGGAGCAGGAACAGGCCGGACCGGGCUGGCGACGCGCACCACUGGCUUGGUGCGGGGAGCAGGAACGGGCCGGACCGGGCUGACGACACGCACCAUUGGCUUGGUGCGGGGAGCAGGAACAGGCCGGACCGGGCUGGCGACGCGCACCACUGGCUUGGUGCGGGGAGCAGGAACGGGCCGGACCGGGCUGACGGCGCGCACCACUGGCUUGGUGCGGGGAGCAGGAACAGGCCGGACCGGGCUGGCGACGCGCACCACUGGCUUGGUGCGGGGAGCAGGAACGGGCCGGACCGGGCUGACGACGCGCACCACUGGCUUGGUGCGGGGAGCAGGGACGGGCCGGACCGGACUGACGACGCGCACCAUUGGCUUGGUGCGGGGAGCAGGAACAGGCCGGACCGGGCUGACGACGCGCACCACUGGCUUGCUGCGGGGAGCAGGAACAGGCCGGACCGGGCUGGCGACGCGCACCACAGGCUUAGUGCGGGGAGCAGGAACGGGCCUGACCGUACUGGGAACACACACCACUGGCCUUGUGCGGGAAUCAGGAACGGGCCGGACCGGACUGGUGACACACACUACUUGCUUGGUGCGAGGAGCGGGACUGGGUUUCCACAUAAACCUCCGCUCCCUCUGCUGCCUACUCAGUUCCUCUCGCCGUGCCUCCACACUAUCCUUCUCCCUCGUGACCAGUGACCCCCGUAACCUGGCGGCCUCCUCUGCCAACCUGCUGAACCGCUCUAUCGCAGCCUCCCGCUGCCUCGUCGUCCACGGCGUGAGCCCCCCCCUAAAUGUUUGGGCUUGUCUCUCCCCCGUGCUCAUGGCCUCCAUCCCUCUUGCCAGACUCUCACUCAUCUCCUCCCAGGUCCAUCCUCUCUCCUCGUCACGCUGCUUGAUCCAGUCUUGGUGGGAUCUUCUGUCACGAUCGUUAUAAACAGCGGACCAAGGCGCAGCGUGAUAUGCGUACAUCUUUUAUUAAGUACACACACGAACAAAACAACAAACCAAACGAUACGUGAAGUCCUAGGUAAAUACACCAAAACAAACCUUACGGAACAAGAUCCCACAAAUAACUAGUGCCAACAGGCUGCCUAAGUAUGGUUCCCAAUCAGAGACAACGAGAAUCAGCUGCCUCUGAUUGGGAACCACCCUGGCCAACAUAGAAAACACGAACUAGAACAAAACAUAGAAAAUCACACAUAGAAAAUCCACACCCUGGCUCAACAUAUAAGAGUCCCCAGAGCCAGGGCGUGACAGUACCCCCCUCCCAAAGGCGCGGACUGCGACCGCGCCAACCAAACACAAGAGGGUAGAGGCCGGGUGGGCAUUCCGUCUCGGAGGCGGAUCCGGCUCCGGGAGUGACCACCACACUUUCUCUACCCCCCCGUUGCACCCCUGGUCUGGUCCCGCUGGCCGGAGCUGGACUGAACACCGGUGGAGCGGAUUGCUCUGGCUCCGGCGUGGAGCAGCUGACCGGUGCCGGACCAGGCACCGGUGGAACAGGCACGGACCGUGCCGGACUGACGACGCGCACCACUGGCUUGGUGCGGGGAGCAGGGACGGGCCGGACCGGGCUGAUGACGCCCACCACUGGCUUGGUGCGGGGAGCAGGGAUGGGCCGGACCGGGCUGACGACGCGCACCACUGGCUUGGUGCGGGGAGCAGGGACGGACCGGGCUGACGACGCGCACCAUUGGCUUGGUGCGGGGAGCAGGAACGGGCCGGACCGGGCUGGCGACGCGCACCACUGGCUUGGUGCGGGGAGCAGGGACGGGCCGGACCGGGCUGAUGACGCGCACCACUGGCUUGGUGCGGGGAGCAGGGACGGGCCGGACCGGGCUGACGACGCGCACCAUUGGCUUGGUGCGGGGAGCAGGAACAGGCCGGACCGGGCUGGCGACGCGCACCACUGGCUUGGUGCGGGGAGCAGGAACGGGCCGGACCGGGCUGACGACACGCACCAUUGGCUUGGUGCGGGGAGCAGGAACAGGCCGGACCGGGCUGGCGACGCGCACCACUGGCUUGGUGCGGGGAGCAGGAACGGGCCGGACCGGGCUGACGACGCGCACCACUGGCUUGGUGCGGGGAGCAGGGACGGGCCGGACCGGACUGACGACGCGCACCAUUGGCUUGGUGCGGGGAGCAGGAACAGGCCGGACCGGGCUGACGACGCGCACCACUGGCUUGCUGCGGGGAGCAGGAACAGGCCGGACCGGGCUGGCGACGCGCACCACAGGCUUAGUGCGGGGAGCAGGAACGGGCCUGACCGUACUGGGAACACACACCACUGGCCUUGUGCGGGAAUCAGGAACGGGCCGGACCGGACUGGUGACACACACUACUUGCUUGGUGCGAGGAGCGGGACUGGGUUUCCACAUAAACCUCCGCUCCCUCUGCUGCCUACUCAGUUCCUCUCGCCGUGCCUCCACACUAUCCUUCUCCCUCGUGACCAGUGACCCCCGUAACCUGGCGGCCUCCUCUGCCAACCUGCUGAACCGCUCUAUCGCAGCCUCCCGCUGCCUCGUCGUCCACGGCGUGAGCCCCCCCCUAAAUGUUUGGGCUUGUCUCUCCCCCCGUGCUCAUGGCCUCCAUCCCUCUUGCCAGACUCUCACUCAUCUCCUCCCAGGUCCAUCCUCUCUCCUCGUCACGCUGCUUGAUCCAGUCUUGGUGGGAUCUUCUGUCACGAUCGUUAUAAACAGCGGACCAAGGCGCAGCGUGAUAUGCGUACAUCUUUUAUUAAGUACACACACGAACAAAACAACAAACCAAACGAUACGUGAAGUCCUAGGUAAAUACACCAAAACAAACCUUACGGAACAAGAUCCCACAAAUAGCUAGUGCCAACAGGCUGCCUAAGUAUGGUUCCCAAUCAGAGACAACCAGAAUCAGCUGCCUCUGAUUGGGAACCACCCUGGCCAACAUAGAAAACACGAACUAGAACAAAACAUAGAAAAUCACACAUAGAAAAUCCACACCCUGGCUCAACAUAUAAGAGUCCCCAGAGCCAGGGCAUGACAAUCGCACUGCUUUGCUUGAUCUUGGCCAGGUCGCAGUUUUAAAUGAGAACUUGUUCUCAACUGGCUUACCUUGUUAAAUAAAGGUAAAAUAAAAUAAAUAAAUAAACAGUACGGACAUUGCAAUUUAAUGCGCUGGCCAUAUCUGCAGUCCUCAUGCCUCCUUGCAGCAUGCCUAAGGCACGUUCACGCAGAUGAGCAGGGACCCUGGGCAUCUUUCUUUUGGUGUUUUUCAGAGUCAGUAGAAAGGCCUCUUUAGUGUCCUAAGUUUUCAUAGGUGUGACCUUAAUUGCCUACCGUCUGUAAGCUGUUAGUGUCUUAAGGACCGUUCCACAGGUGCAUGUUCAUUAAUAGUUUAUGGUUCAUUGAACAAGCAAUGAAGAUCUGUGAAGUUAUUUGGAUUUUUACUAAUUAUCUUUGAAAGACAGGGUCCUGAAAAAGGGACGUUUCUUUUUUCGCUGAGUUUAUAUGUAGGAAUAUUGAGAAUUCGACCAUGGCUAUUAAUUAAUGUACUGUAUGUGCUCAGAAAUAUGUGAUUCAGUGUGUGUGUGUGUGUGUGUGUGUGUGUGUGUGCUAGUGUGUUAAACUGUGUGUGACCCUCUUGUGUUUCCUGCAGGUCGUCCACACACUUCAAGCUGAAGGCUCAGGUGCGUGUGUGUGAGAUGUGGACAGCAGGCUGUAUGGAGGAGGUGUGUGAAGGCAGCACCAGUCCAGACAGGAGCUUCGUCAUGGGCUGGCCCACUUUUAACUGUGUCGCCACAUUCAGGUACACACACGCACACACACACACACACACACACACACACAAACACACACACACAGUCUUGCGCAGCUAACCUUGUGGGGACAUACAAUUCAGUCCCAUUCAAAAUCCUAUUUUCCCUAACCCCUAACCCCAAACCUAACCCUAACCCUAACCCUAACCUUAACCCAAAAACCUAACCCUAACUCUAACUCCUAACCCUAAACCUAAACCUAAUUCUAACCCUAACACUAAUUCUAACCUUAACCCUAAACCCCCUAGAAAUAGCAUUUGACCUUGUGGCGAUUAACAAAAUAUCCCCAGUUGGUCCAAUUUGUCUUGGUUUACUAUUCUUGUGGGGACUUCUGGUCCCCACAAGUAUAGUUAAACACGUCCACACACACAGACACACAGACACACAGACACACACACACACACAUACACACUUACAGUACCAGUCAAAAGUUUGGACACACCUACUCUUUCCAGGGUUUUUCUUUAUUUUUACUAUUAUCUACAUUGUAGAAUAAUAGUGAAGACAUCAAAACUAUGAAAUAACACAUAUGGAAUCAUGUAGUAACCAAAAAAGUGUUAAACAAAUCAAAAUAUAUGUUUUAUUUGUGAUUCUUCAAAUAGCCACCCUUUGCCUUGAUGACAGCUUUGCACACUGUUGGAAUUCUCUCAGCCAGCUUCAUGAGGUAGUCACCUGGAAUGCAAUUCAAUUAACAGGUGUGCCUUCUUAAAAGUUAAUUUGUGGAUGAACGGAUGAUCUCUGCAUGUGUAUUUCCCACCGUAAAGCAUGGAGGAGAAGGUGUUAUGGUGUUGGGGUGCUUUGUUGGUGUCACUGUCUGUGAUUUAUUUAGAAUUCAAGGAACACUUAACCAGGAUGGCUACCACAGCAUUCUACAGCGAUACACCAUCCCAUCUGGUUUGGGGUUAGGGGGACUAUCAUUUGUUUUUCAACAGGACAAUGACCCAACAUACCUCCAGGCUGUGUAAAGGCUAAUUUACCAAGAAGGAGAGUGAUGGAGUGCUGCAUCAGAUGACCUGGCCUCCACAAUCCCCUGACUUCAACCCAAUUGAGAUGGUUUGGGAUGAGUCGGACCGCAGAGUGAAGGAAAAGCAGCCAACAAGUGCUCAGCAUAUGUGGGAACUCCUACAAGACUGUUGGAAAAGCAUUCCAGGUGAAGCUGGUUGAGAGAAUGCCAAGAGUGUGCAAAGCUGUCAUCAAGGCAAAGGGUGGCUACUUUCAAGAAUCUCAAAUAUAAAAUAUAUUUUGAUUUGUUUAACACUUUUCUGUUUACUACAUGAUUCCAUAUGUGUUAUUUCAUAGUUCUGAUGUCUUCACUAUUAUUCUACAAUGUAAGAAAUAGUAAAAAUAAAGAAAACCCUUGAAUGAGUAGAUGUGUCCAAACUUUUGACUGGUAGUGUAUGUAUAAAAGCAGACUGGUUACGGUAUGGUUACUGUAUACUCUGUCCUUAUAGUGAGAAAGUCCCUUUAAUAAAUCCUCAUUGAGUAUGCACAGUACAGUACAGGACUUGUUAUUAUGUGUCUCAGAACAAGGAACAACCACUAGAACAGUACAUUUUCAACCCUCCACCACACCGCAACCUGGGUCAUAUUCCUAGUCGUAACCCCCCCUUACUCUGACCACAGAGAGCUAGGGACUGUAAAAUAUCACACACACACACACACACACACACACACACUAUAUGCCUUGACACCAGGAAUUCAUAGGAACUAUGCAGUUUUACAGGGACACGUUAUGUAAGAGAAGAUGAGAAACAUAAUAGGGUCCAAUUUCUCUUCUAUCUCUCUAUCCGUCUGCAGUUCUAUGGAGCACAAGGAGAAGUGGCUUUCUCUCAUCAAAAGGUAACCAGAAUUGACGGGAGACGAUGUUGUUCAUAACUUACUCUGACAGUAAUAUUCUAUGGCUUGACUUCAGUAUAGAAUAGACUAGAAGUAUGGCUUGUGUGAAAUAAAGUGUUGUUUUCUAAUUCUGACUUCCUUCCUCCUUCUUCCUCCAGUCGAAUAAACGAAGAGAAAGAGAAGGAUGACCCCAAGACCAUUCCUUUGAAGAUAUUUGCAAAGGACAUUGGGAAUUGUGCUUAUGUAAGUUUACGUAUGGGUGGUGCAGGUCUGUGUGUGUGUGCGUUCCUUCAUGUUUGUGUGUGUGUUUGCGUUAAUUUAUCUCAUGUUUUUGUGCUUUUCCCCAGGCUAAGACUCUAGCUGUCAGUAAUUCAGACAGCACCGCUGAUGUAAUCCGAAUGGCACUACAGCAGUUUGGCAUUUCAGUAAGUGUGUACGCUUGUUUUUGAGUGUAUGUGCUAGUGUGUGAGUGGGUAUGUUUUGGAAGUGUGUCCCUUGGUGCCAUUGACUCUCUCUCUCUCUCCCCUCUGUCUCUCUCUGUCUCUCUUGCUCUCUGUCUCUCUCUGUCUCUCUCUCUGUCUCUCUCUGUCUCUCUUGCUCUCUGUCUCUCUCUGUCUCUCUCUCUGUCUCUCCCUCUCCCUCCCUCUCCCCCCCCCCCCCCCCCCCCCCCCCCCCCCCCCCCCCUCUCUCUCUCUCUCUCUCUCUCUCUCAAUACAGGGCUGUGUGAAAGACCACCAGUUGUGGAUGAGCUCCUGUAAGGAUGACUCCCCCUAUCCUCUGAUUGGUGAGUUUACCUCCAUUACCCAGCCCUACGCAGCCCUUUACACCCAGCAUAAACCCAGCCAUAUCCCUCUCGUUUAGUUUGAGGUAGCAGUUGUCCCUAAUCAGUGGUCAGGGGCAACUUCUACCUACUACAACCCUUUACUCUGAGAUCAAAAGUUGCUCUGCUUUGGGAUUUUUCCUCCCGUUAAUGACGAGGUAGAUAAGAGACUAGCUGAAUACUGUAAACCUGGCCUGGUCACAUCUCAGGACAGACUCACGUCCCCUGACCUCUAACCUCCUGACCCUCUCCUCUCUUACCCCUCAGGACACGAGUUUCCCUUCAGUAUCAAGAUGAGUCACAUUCGGGAUGGGGGAGCAGUGGGAGGAGGUGGAGGGAAGGAUGCGAUUCCUCCUCCGGAGGACCAGGGGGCGAUGCUGCUGGACCAGUGUCUCCCUCCAGACACCCAGUGCCAGUUCAUCCUCAAGCCCAGCCGGGUGGGCCUCAGACAGGCUCCGCUCAUAGGUAUGAGACCCCUUACCCACAGUGAUCGGCUCAACAGAAAGUAAGGGUUAAGUUUCCUUCCAAAAAUGUGUCCCCUCCCAUUUUUGCGCUUGUUUACUUCAUACCUCCUUCUUUUCCCUCAUACGUCUUUCUCUCUGAAAGUAUGGAAUGAGAGAGAGAGAGAGAGAGAACAUAUAGAGAGAGAGAACAUAGAGAGAGAGAGAACAUAGAGAGAGAGAACAGAGAGAGAGAGAACAUAUAGAGAGAGAACAUAGAGAGAGAGAACAUAAAGAGAGAGAGAACAUAGAGAGAGAGAACAUAGAGAGAGAGAACAUAGAGAGAGAGAACAUAGAGAGAGAGAACAUAGAGAGAGAACAUAGAGAGAGAGAACAUAGAGAGAGAGAGAACAUAGAGAGAGAGAGAACAUAGAGAGAGAGAACAGAGAGAGAGAGAGAACAUAGCGAGAGAGAGAACAUAGAGAGAGAGAGAACAUAGAGAGAGUGAGAACAUAGAGAGAGAGAUAACAUAGAGAGAGAGAGAACAUAGAGAGAGAGAACGUAGAGAGAGAGAACAUAGAGAGAGAGAGAACAUAGAGAGAGUGUGUGAGAAUGUGUUCCAGGAGGCUCAUUGAGGAGGCUCCACUGAAUCACCCACAAGCCCCUCAGAUUCCUCUCUGUCCACGUUAAGUUCUUACAUAAGCCUCCAUUUAACCAUACCGUCCCCUACCCGCUACAUCAGCCUAAUUAUUUCCAUCUAACAAGUGUUUUAUGAACAUGGCAAAGGGUGUCACUGAUGGAUUUGGGUGUCAACUCUGCCAUGAUACCAAAUAUUUUUACCAAUACAUCCAGAAAAUGAAAGGUUUUUAUUGGCUAGGAGAGAAAUAUGGCAUCUGUUUUGCAACAAGCCAAAAUGGAUACAUUAACAUCUAUAAAAUGAUCAAAACAUUGCCCACACAACCAGCCCUCUCUCUCUUUCUCUCCCCCCUCGUUCCCUCUCUUUUAAAUAUUCCCCCUCUCCAAGAUUUCUCACACUGGCGUGUAAUGAUGCGUGAUUUACAACUUUAUAAACUUUGAACGAUGCUUCGGCUCGUUUAAGAAUUUUGGAGCAGCUCUGUAACAAUGUUGUUUUUGAUUUGGCUUCCAACAUGUAACUGAGUGUAAAGCUGUGUGACACUCUGGCUCCGGGACUUUUGUAUUUGAGCCAGGGUGUAUUUUGUUUUGUUGGGUUUUGGGUGUAUUUCUAUGUUUGCAGUUCUGUGGGGUUUAUUUCUAGGUUUGGUCAAUGACUCCCAAUCGGAGGUAACGAGUGUCAGCUGUCGGCUCGUUAUCUCUGAUUGGGAGCCAUAUUUAUCUGUAUGUUUUCCUGUGGGAGUUGUGGGUUUUUGUUCCAAGUUCAGUCAUUGUCACUGUUGGACUUCACUAUCGUCUUUUGUUUUGUAUUUACGUGCUGUACUCAUUAAAGUCAUCAUGUUCACUCAACGCGCUGCGUAUUGGUCUGCUCCCUUUCAAGACGGUCGUGACAGAAAAACCCACCAUAAGAGGACCAAGCAGCGUGUCAAGCGGCAACAGGACCCAGCUCCAAAGGAUUCAUGGACAUGGGAGGAGAUUUUGGACGGAAAAGGGUCCUGGACUUGGGAGGAAAUCCUGGAGGGGAUGGAUCGCCGUCCAUGGAGCGAGACAGUGGAGAGGCGACGGAGAGAGGAGCAACGGCGUCGGCAGGGCCAUCGUCGGAGGGACGAGAGGCAACCCCAAAAAGUUUUUUGGGGGGGGCACAUGGCUUGGGCGGUUGGGCAGCAGGAGGCUGCCACAGGGAGAUGUGGAGAGAAGGCUAUCGGAUUACGGGAGCCAUUGGCGAGUAGAGGAAGGGAAGUUGUUGCGGCACGGCGUGAGAGACUGAUGUGUGUUACCAGUCCGGACCGGCCCGUUCCUGAUCCCCGGUUAAGGCCAGUGGUGUGUGUUCCCAGUACGGACCGGCCUGUUCCUACUCCACGCAUCAAGCCCACGGUGUGCGUCGCCAGUCCAGCCCGGCCGGUUCCUGUUCCACGUAGAAAGCCUACGGUGUGCGUGGCCAGCCCAGCCCGACCUGUUCCGACUCCACGCAUCAAGCACACGGCAUGGACGACGGAGGCAAAGAUGGGGCGAAUCCAGGAGGCCACCAGGCCAGGGGUACACCGCCCUGUACGUCCUGUGCGGAUGCCUCACACAGAGUGUGUGAGGGUAGGCAUUCAGCCAGGACGGGUGGUGGCCGCUGUUCACUCCAGGCCUCCUAUCCGUCUCCACAGCCCGGUCCGGCAUAGUCCUGCUCCCCGCACCAAGUCCACGGUGUGCGUCGCCAGUCCAGCCCGGCCGGUUCCUGCUCCACGUACUAAGCCUACGGUGUACGUCGCCAGCCCGACCCGGCCUGUUCCUGCCACUCGCACCAAACCUACGGUGCGCGUCGCCAGCCCGGUCCGGCCUGUUCCUGCCACCCGCACCAAGUCUACGGUGCGCGUCGCCAGCCCGGUCCGGCCUGUUCCUGCCACCCGCACCAAGUCUACGGUGCGCGUCGCCAGCCCGGUCCGGCCUGUUCCUGCCACCCGCACCAAGUCUACGGUGCGCGUCGCCAGCCCGACCCGGCCUGUUCCUGCCACCCGCACCAAGACUACGGUGCGCGUCGCCAGCCCGGUCCGGCCUGUUCCUGCCACCCGCACCAAGUCUACGGUGCGCGUCGCCAGCCCGGUCCGGCCUGUUCCUGCCACUCGCACCAAGUCUACGGUGCGCGUCGCCCGGCCAGAGUCUGCCGUCUGCCCAACGGCGCCUGAACUGCCCGUCUGCCCAACGGCGCCUGAACUGCCCGUCUGCCCAACGGCGAUUGAACUGCCCGUCUGCCCAACGGCGCCUGAACUGCCCGUCUGCCCAACGCCGUCUGAACUGUCCGUCUGCCAAGCGCUGCAUAAGCCGCCCGUCUGCCAUGAGCCUUCAGAGCCGUCCGCCAGACCGGAGCCGCUAGAGCCUUCCGCCAGACAGGAUCAGCCAGAGCCUUCCGCCAGCCAGGAUCCGCCAGAGCCAGCCAGCCAGGAUCCGCCAUUCAGUCCGGUGCUGCCCCUUAGUCCGGUGCUGCCUCUUAGUCCGGUGCUGCCCCUUAAUCCGGUGGGGGUCAGUUGGAGGAGGCGACGAAAGCGGGUAGUGACUAUGGUGGGGUGGGGACCACGACCAGGGCCAGAACCGCCACCGUGGACAGACGCCCACCCAGACCCUACCCUAGACUGUAUGCUGGUGCGCCCGGAGUUCGCACCUUUAGGGGGGGGUACUGUGACACUCUGGCUCCGGGACUUUUGUAUUUGAGCCAGGGUGUAUUUUGUUUUGUUGGGUUUUGGGUGUAUUUCUAUGUUUGCAGUUCUGUGGGGUUUAUUUCUAGGUUUGGUCAAUGACUCCCAAUCGGAGGUAACGAGUGUCAGCUGUCGGCUCGUUAUCUCUGAUUGGGAGCCAUAUUUAUCUGUAUGUUUUCCUGUGGGAGUUGUGGGUUUUUGUUCCAAGUUCAGUCAUUGUCACUGUUGGACUUCACUAUCGUCUUUUGUUUUGUAUUUACGUGCUGUACUCAUUAAAGUCAUCAUGUUCACUCAACGCGCUGCGUAUUGGUCUGCUCCCUUUCAAGACUGUCGUGACAAGCUGGAGUGGAUUGUUAAAGUCAGUUUUGAACGUGCAGGGUCCUGGGCAGCUAGGGGUGUUGUGCCACUAAUGUGGAAGGGCCUUUUAUCCCCCCUCCCCCCCCCUCCCCCCUCCCCCACACACAAACAAAGCAUAAGCUGUGCUUCACACACAUUUAAUGUUUUUAUCCAGAAAGUCCAAGUAGACAGACAAACAGGUACACACACGCGCAACGUAAGAGCAGACAUCAUGUCUGCACCUUAACUUAAAUAAACACACAGACAGAGAGCUCAUAGUCUAUCAGACAUACACAGACACACACGGUACGUAACAUAUGAACACACACUCACAGACUCACAGCUUCUUAACAUGAUCUCAGAAAUAUUAAACAUCUCUUUCUCUCUCUCUCUCUCUCUCUCUCUGUCUCUCUCUCUCUCUCUCUCUCUCUCUCUCUCUCUCUCUCUACAGGGCUGUGUGGGGCAGGGCUCUACAGACUGCCCCACCUCCACCCAAUUAGACAGAACCCUCUCUAGUCACGUCUCUUUCUGAAUCAAUGCCUCUUUCUCUCCCUCUCUCUCUCACACCACCCUUCUCUCUCUUUUUCCCUUCCUCUGCUCUCUCCAAACACCAUUCAGUCUCCAACUCUAUCCCCCUCUCUCCCCCUCUCAUCAUGUUUUAUUGAGCAGUAGGCCCUACUUAAUAUUUGAAUAAUGUCUUUAAUGUUGGAAUAACCCCCCCCCCCCCCCCCCCCCCCCCCCCCCCCCACACACACACCUCUCUCCAUAGAGCCAGGUCAGAAGUCCAUUAAGAGGAAGAGGUUGUUGAUAAACUGGGCCUUCUGGAGGGGGUCCGGUAGCCAGCUGGACGGUGUCCCCCUGACCCCCACCUCCCUGUCCCCCACCCCGGGACGCCUGUUCGGACGGUCUCUCAGCUCCGUCUGCCCCUCUGACCACACCCUGCCCAAACCUGUCAUGGACAUGCUGGUGUUUCUGUACCAGGAGGGUCCCUACACCAGGGGUAUAUUCCGUCGCUCUGCAGGGGCCAAAGCCUGCAGAGAGCUGAAAGACAGACUGGACAAUGGGACAGAGGACACACACACACUCACACACGAGUCUGUGUUCGUCACCGCCGCAGUCUUCAAGGUAGGACAGAACGCACUUGAGCACGCACACACAUGCACACACCACGCACACACCAGGGUCCUUUUGUAUUAAUCCGAGUUUAAAUGGUUUAGCCAGGCUUGUCUGAUCAGAUAAAAUGGGACAUGAGAGAGAGGAGGUUUGAAGGAUCUGUUUCAUCCUGCUUCAACACAUCAGAAUAAUUCACAGCACCGAGCUAACACAGCUGUAGACACACAUAUUCACCGCCAUAUCCAGUGUGUGUGUGUGUGUGUUUGAAAUCCCCAUAGAAAGUCUUAGACAGACAGAAAGUAGUGAAGUGAUUGGAGUUGAAGACAAAGCUCAGGUAGAAAAACACACUCAAUUCAAAGCACGUUGGGAGGCUUUACUGGAAACCUGUAGCUGUAUUAGAUCAUACAGAACAGGACACACACACACACACACAGAGAGAGAGAACACAUGCUGCUGUUCAGUUAGGUAUAUUACUAUACCCAAUCCUAGCCAACAAACAAAAAACAACUGAGUUGACAAACAAACAACGUUGAGUGAAAAAGGAUCAAUUGCUUCAGUAAAAACACAUCUGGCUGUGCCAACUCUCAACUACUCUAUAAUGUUACUUCAGAAGUCCUGCAUACUUGAAUUGCACAGCCUCUUUCAUAGCAUUCUAUUCUAUUUUAUGUGCCAUAUUUUCAGGAUUCAUUAAAUCUCUACUGAAAAUAAGCAUAUGUGGUGAUGCUAAGGUGUGUUCUAACCUAAAGUGUGUCCCUGUGGUUGUGUCCCCCAACAGGACUUCCUGCGGAACAUUCCGGGCAGUCUGUUGUGUGUGGAUCUGUAUGAGCAGUGGGUUGGAGCGAUGGAGCGAGAGGUAGAAGAGGAGAAGACGCAAGCCAUCCAUAGGUACUGACACUCCCCGUAAUGCACCUUCACAAACACAUACACAGACGAAAAACUAAGCUGCUGUGAAGGAGGGGUGGCACAGGGAGCUAGAAUGAAAGAAAAGGGGAGGAAAAAGCUGUUUUGAUCCAGAGGAAAAUAAAGUCCUUCUUCUCAAGCCUACAGGGGGGAAAAAGCAUAAAAUAAAAUGAAAAUAUGUUUCCAUUCUUCUUACCCCAGGAAUGUGACAGACCCUACAUUCUGCUGGUUUCCCAAAGGAUGUAGCAAUGUGUAUGUGUGUGUGUGAGGGGGGGGGGGCUAGUGCACCUUCCAUUCUCUGCCCAAUCUUUGUCUGACAUAUGCAGUCUCACCAGAUGUUGUCAAUGUUGUGUUUUCAUCACUGAUUACUUUGUCCCCCCCCUCCACCUUAGGUUGGUCCAUCUUCUACCCAGUGAGAACCUGUUGCUACUCAGACAUGUGGUUGCCUUGCUCCACUGUAUCCAAGGAAAUGCAGAAGACAACCAGAUGAAUGCCUUCAACCUGUCGGUGUGCAUCGCUCCCAGCAUGCUGUGGACACCAGCCCCCUGUAGCCCAGGGGGGGAGGGGGAGGCCACCAAGAAGGUGAGAAUGGACCCCAAACCUCAAACUUUUUUGUAGAUUUUCCUCUCUGCUAACAAACUUUUUCAUUUCUUUAAUUUACUUUCAUGUCUUAUUUCAAUCACAUAAUUCUACCAUACAUUCAAAGUGUAUGUGUGUUACUACAUCAUACUCUUGCUUAUAUCAAGUAUUAAUAUCAAUGGGAGAUUUGGAUGAGAGUGAGUUGCUCACGUGUACUUCCAGUUACAUUUCCAGUUAAGAACAAGGGCCCCAUACAUACAUACGUACAUACAUACUUACUCAUACUGCACGCAUAAAUGUCUGGAGGACUGAGGCUAAGGGCCAGGACAGGGUGUAAAGGAAAGUUAUACUGUUGCUACCUAGCUGUCUGACCAACCAGGAUGUCCAAUGGAAGUAGAAACAGCAGUGUGGAGUUACAGUGUGUGUCAACCUCCUGCUAGGAGCCUCAGGCUGGGCUAUACUAUGUAUGUUUCCUCUUUAAACCUGGACUGACCUACUUACACACUGCUUUUACAUUGAUCUAGUCACCGGUUUUCAAUCUCUGUACUGACACACACAAGCACACACACACACAUACACACACACGCACACACACAAGUUUGAGAUCUCUAUCCUUGCAGUCACGGUGACACAAAACAAGCAUGAAAUCCAUGCACUGACAGAAAAGCUUGACAAUUUACACUAACUUACUCACACAGAGUAAGAAUUGACACACCAGUUCACAGUACUAACCCUACCACUAGACUGUGUCCAACCAAUGCUAGCCCUGAAAUGAUUCAAUUUGACUAAGAUAACCUGCCUAAAUGACUACCGACCCGUAGCACUCACGUCUGUAGCCAUGAAGUGCUUUGAAAUGCUGGUCAUGGCUCACAUUAUCACCAUUAUCCCAGAAACCCUAGACCCACUCCAAUUUGCAUACCGCCCCAACAGAUCCACAGAUGAUGCAAUCUCUAUUGCACUCCACACUGCCCUUUCCCACCUGGACAAGAGGAACACCUACGUGAGAAUGCUAUUCAUUGACUACAGCUCAGUGUUCAAAACCAUAGUGCCCUCAAAGCUCAUCACUAAGCUAAGGACCCUGGGACUAAACACCUCCCUCUGCAACUGGAUCCUGGACUUCCUGACAGGCCACCCACAGGUGGUAAGGGUAGGUAACAACUCAUCUGCCACACUGAUCCUAAACACGGGGGCCCCUCAGGGGUGCGUGCUCAGUCCCCUCCUAUACUCCCUGUUCACCCAUGACUGCAUGGCCAGGCACAACUCCAACACCAUCAUUAAGUUUGCAGACGACACAACAGUGGUAGGCCUGAUCACAGACAACGAUGAGACAGCCUAUAGGGAGGAGGUCAGAGACCUGGCCAUGUGGUGCCAGGAUAACAACCUCUCCCUCAACGUGAUCAAGACAAAGGAGAUGAUUGUGGACUACAGGAAAAAAAAGAAGACUGAGCAUGCCCCCAUUCUCAUCGACGGGGCUGUAGUGGAACAGGUUGACUGACGAACAAACUAUCAUGGUCCAAACACACCAAGACAGUCAUGAAGAGGGCACGACAAAGCCUAUUCCCCCUCAGGAGACUGAAAAGAUUUGGCAUGGGACCUCAGAUCCUCAAAAGGUUCUACAGCUGCACCAUCGAGAGCAUCCUGACUGGUUUCAUCACCGCCUGGUAUGGCAACUGCUCGGCCUCCGACCGCAGUACAUCACUGGGGCCAAGCUACCUGCCAUCCAGGACCUCUAUACCAGGCGGUGUCAGAGGAAGGCCCUAAAAAUUGUAAAAGACUCCAGCCACCCUAGUCAUAGACUGUUCUCCCUGCUACCACAUGGCAAGUGGUACCGGAGCACCAAGUCUAGGUCCAAAAGGCUUCUUAACAGCUUCUACCCCCAAGCCAUAAGACUCCUGAACAGCUAAUCAUGGCUACCUGGACUAUUUGCAUUGUCCCCCCCACCCCACCCCCUCUUUUACGCUGCUGCUACUCUGUUUAUUAUCUAUGCAUAGUCACUUUAACUCUACCCACAUGUACAUAUUACCUCAAUUACCUCGACUAACUGGUGCCCCCGCAUAUUGACUCUGUACCGGUACCCCCUGUAUAUAGCCUCCCUACUGUUAUUUUAUUUUACUGCUGCUCUUUAAUUAUUUGCUAUUUUUAUUUUUUACUUAUCUGUUCUUUACUUAACACUUUUUUUAAUUUCUUAAAACUGCAUUGUUGAUUAAGGGUUUGUAAGUAAGCAUUUCACUAUUCGGCGCAUGUGGCAAAAAACAUUUGAUUUGAUUUGUUUUGCCACCAGUGGCCCCAGAUGUAUUGUAAGUUAAUAAUAAACAAGAAUAAGUCAUUAUGUCUAUAAUACUCUCUGAAUUACGGUCGAUUUUGGACACAUUGUUGUUGAAACACACUCAAUCUGGGUGUUUCCAGAUCUUUCUCUCUCCUUGUCAAAUGUGUGUUUGUUUCUGUUGAGGCUUGGGCCUGUUGAGGUUCACUGGGAAAAAAUCCAAAGCAUUUCCUACAGAUUCCUGAGGACGAGUGUGUUUUCACAAACCCGCCGCUUUAAACACUCCUCUCUUGUCUUUACACACAGGCACAAACUCACACUCACACGGUCACACUCACACUCACACACACACACACACACACACACACACACACAUACACUCACACACACACACACACAAACGGACACACACACACACACACAUAAACACACGCACACGUACACGGACACACUCACACGGACACACUCACUCAAACACACUCACACUCAUUCCCCUGGUCGGUCGCGGUCUCACAAGGACAAAGUCUGGGACACUGGGAAGUCUGGAACACUCUGGACUGUAGGUUGUUUUUGUCAGAAAAGUAUGCACAAUAAAUACGCACACUAGCUUACCUUACCCCAGAAAAAGCCCCCUUACACCUUCACUGAUGACAACAGGUUCUGGAUUACAGUUUUUCUCGAUUGCUAAGACACAUUUCUUGAAAGCUGCUCUCCUUUUCUCUUAACUGUGAACACAAAACCCAAUUUUCAAGCUACAUUCACAAAACCUCAGACUCUUCUUGCUAAACCAAACUUUCACCUCAAAACAGUUCAAUCUGUGCUCAAAACUGAACUAUGUUGUCAAAUCGUGCCCCGAGUCAAUCAAAAUAAAAAACACUACUGAACAGUCACUAAACACUACGUAGAAAAAUAGAAAACACAAUGCUCAGGACAUGAAGCUGGAGAAAUAAAUGUUUAUUGUUCACUGUAGGCUAAAUGCAUGUUGCAAAACAAAAAAAAACUGUGCAUUUAGCACUUGUAUAAAAAGACAAAACAGAAAUCUUGUGCAUUUACAUGUAGCACUUGUAAAAACAAACAGAAAUCUUAUGCAUUUGCCACUUGUGUACAGUAAGCCCAUGUAAAAAAUAAAGUACAAAAAUAUACAAAUAAGUGCAUUACUCAGCCACAGCAUCAUGUCUCCGUACUGGGUCAGGCCACAGGACUUCAUCCACAUCACAGGCCACAUUUUGUCUGGCCAGGCAACGGGGGAAAAAACCCCUGGCAUGCCGUAUCCAGGCUUGGCAUGCCUCCACACCUAUGUCACCACAGGCAAGUCCCAUGGCUUGCAGGAGAUUUACCCUGGUGUAAGGUUGGCGUUCAUAUACCUUCCACCGCCAUGAGGAGAAGAAUUCCUCAAUGGGGUUUAGGAAAGGGGAGUACGGUGGAAGGCAAAGAUUGAUAAAACCUUGGUUCAUAUUGUACCACUCUCUAACCUGGAGGGCUCUGUGAAAACUCACAUUGUCCCAAACAACAACAUAGAUGGGAUGCUCAUCCUGCUGCCCUAACAAAGCAUCUCGCAUGUGAUUGAGGAAAAUGAGGAGCUGGUGAGUGUUGUAGGGCCCCAGGUUGGCAUGAUGGUGGACAACCCCAUGAUUGCUGAUGGCAGCACAUAAUGUGACAUUGCCACCACGCUGCCCAGGAACACCAACAAUGGCCCGAUGGCCAAUCACAUUACGGCCUCUCCUUCUCCUUUUGGUGAGAUUAAACCCAGCUUCAUCCAUGUAGAUGUAUUGAUGGGGUCUUUCCAUUGCAUCCAGUUGAAAAACCCUCUGUAGAAAUAUAUAUAGUUUUGUAAGUGAUACGGAAAAAGUGAUUUAGGCCACUACAGUAAAUCACUACUUAGAGUAAUCAACAUUGAAUGUGUCUGGAUAUAUGCCAACCUGUACAUACUGGAAUCUUUGCUCUUUGACUCUGUCUGAGUUGCGAUCAAAGGGCACUCUGUAUAGCUGUUUCAUGCGCAGUCUGUUGCGCUUGAGGACACGAUCAACAGUAGAGAGGCUGACACUGUUGAUACAAUGAUCUUCUGCUGAAUUUCGCUCAGUUUAAUGGCAUUGUUCUCACGGACCAUAUCAACAAUUAGGGUCUCUUGGUGUGGGGAGAACAUACCUGUCCUCCCACCCCCAUGUGGCAGUCUUUCAAUUCUACAAAAAGAGAACAUGGAGUUACAAAAAAUAUACAUGGAAUACUAGGCCUACAAACAGUUAGACCAACCCUCCAUUACAAUACUACACUACAUUGGUACAGUGAUGUACUGAAACAUAUAUUUACUUACAGUAUACUGUGGUACAGUAUAUAGUAUGUCAUACAGUAAUUGCUGUCAACAUUUACACAAACUGUACUAUAAUGUCAAAAAAAGGUAAUUACCUGUUCUCUUCUCUAAAUCUUCGGAUUAUGGUGGACACAGUGAAUCUACUGAUGUUUGGUUGUACCCUUUGUCCAGCCUCCCUCAUGCUCAUACCAUGGACAAGAACAUGGUCAAUCACAGUAGCUCUGAUUUCAUCAGAUAUUACUGUUCUUUGUCUUCGCUGACCACCUCGACCACCUCGACCUCCUCUCACACGAACUCUUCCUCUCAGAUUUCUAUCCAUUGUAGGGCCUCACAAACCAGUGCUCUCUGAACUGGCUUACUGUAUAUGUUCCCUCACAUCAUUAGCCACAAGUGUGAUCAAUUUUGAGUUGUUGUGUUCAAGUGGUGACACCUGUGCUCUAAUUGUGUUUGACUUUUGUCACCUGUGCUCACCAUUAUGCAGCACGGGUGCAUCACAAUGAAAAUGUGUUGGCAAGUUAUGUCUAAACAGGUGAAAAGUGCUUAUGGUUUUGCCAAAAGAGUGAUUGAUUCAAUCAGUGGGUUCAGGCAACUGAGCAUUUGGUUCAGACAAUAGGGUUUAGUGUUUUAGCAAUUGAGAAAAACUGUAAUGAUUGGAAUUGCAGUCGGAGCCCUGAUCUAGGACCAGUCAUUGACUUGUGUGUAACAAGUUCUAUGAUCUGUUCCCAGGUCUGUGAGCUGGUACAGUUCCUGAUUGAGAACUGCAGGAAGGUCCUGGGAGAUGAUGUCACCUCUCUGUUUGGUGGAUUCCCUCAGAAGAGCAACAGCAGCGACCACGGAUCAGGUAAACAAAGUCUCCAUUUAUUUACUGAAGAAAUAACAUCUAAUUCCAGAUUAUGUUGUACAGUGCUCUAAACAAAUGCUGUUUGUUUUGGUGGCAGAUAAAAAUACAGUUGGAUAGGAACAGAAAAGACAGGAAGAAGAGAUGUCUCCUAUUGGUAAAGGGAGGAAGAGAGCUCUUCACAAGGGUCAGAAAGGUCAUGCGUAGGGUCUCCCGAGUGGCGCAGUGGUCUAAGGCACUGCAUCGCAGUGCUAGCUGUGCCACUAGAGAUCCUGGUUCGAGUCCAGGCUCUGUCGCAGCCGGCCGCGACCGGGAGACCCAUGGGGCGGCGUACAAUUGGCCCAGCGUUGUGCAGUGUAGGGGAGGGUUUGGCCGACAGGGAUGUUCUUGUCCCAUCGCGCACUAGCGACUCCUGUGGCGGGCUGGGCGCAGUGCACGCUGACUCGGUUGCCAGGUGUACGGUGUUUCCUCCGACACAUUGGUGCAGCUGGCUUCCGGGUUAAGCGGGCACUGUGUCAAGAAGCAGUGAGGCUCGGUUGGGUUGUGUUUCGGAGGACGCACGACUCUCGACCUUCGCCUCUCCCGUGUCCGUACGGGAGUUGCAGCGAUGGGACAAGACUGUAACUACCAAUUGGAUACCACGAAAUUGGAAAAAAAUGAAAAAAAAGAAAGGUUGUGUGUGUGUGCGAGUUGAGUGUUCUCUCAGACGUGGCCUCUCCAUAAGCCUGUGUCUCGGUGAGGUUUGCUGAUUGGGGUCACUAUGUUGACCUCAGUCACUUCAGUGAUUAGUACACUCUCAGACACUCAUUAACACACCAGCCAAUUCCCUCCUUCUCCCCUAAACCACCUAAACCAAACUCUAUGAAUGGCAGCUGUAUGCUAGGGACCAUGACAACACUUUAUGCUUAGUUUUCAAACCCUGUGUCUAUCUAAUGAAAUGGAGGUUUGUUCAAACUCAAUCUCCCCCCUUCUCUCAUUCCCUUUCUCACUCCCUCCAUAGAUGUGUCAUCUUUCCAGAUGAACGACUCAUCCUACGACAGUCUGGAGAACGAGUUAAACGAAGACCCAGAGUCGCCCUUCCAGGAGUCCCUCCCUCUGAGAGACAAGGCCAUGCCAGACAGCCGCAGUAGAGACUCUGUCAUUACGCUGAGUGACUGUGACCCCGACCCUGACCCUGAGGCUGACCUCCUACAUCUCCCCCCACUGGCCAGACCAAGGAAGUUCACCUCUGUCCAAUCACAUGGCCCUCGGAGGUUGCGACGCAGCUCAGAGCCCGCCCUCGGACACACCCCCGGAUCUCUGAUUGUCCAAUCAGAUAUGCACCGUUUGGCGUCACGUAAAACGAGCUACGAUGCGGCGAUGGAGGGAGAGGAAGGAGAGGAGGAGGAAGAGGAGGAUGAAGUGUUUCUGAAGCAGGGGAUCAGGGCUCUGCAGCUGAAAGACAAUGUAGUCACAGGUGGAGAAAGAGGAGGGGUUGGAACUCUCGGGCGGAGGAAGCUGAAGCACGCCCCGCCCACUCCUUUACGAUUGGAUGCCAGCUGCUCCAGCCUGUCAUCCCCGGCAACCUCCCCCACAGGAUCCUCCCUCAGCUCCCUAGACUCCGCCUUCUCCCAUUAUUCCACAGACUAUGUGACCAGCGCCGGCUUCCAUUUGGCUGAGCCUUCACCCCGCUUCCCCCUCUCCCCCCGCUCCCCCCCUCUCCCCCCGCUCCCCCCUCUCACCCCGCUCCCCCCUCUCACCCCGCUCCCCCCUCUCACCCCAGGCCUCACCCCCAAAGAGAGACACAGUGGACUGGAGCCAAAGCCACCCCCCCCACUCCUCCCGGACCCCCUCCACCCACCACGGCCUGCACCCCAACACUUGGCUCAAGAGGGACCAACGGCUGUCGCUACGGCAACCCGACAACGGACACCUGGAGGAGGAAGUGGGGGAGGGGGAAGGGGUUAGCAUCCCAAAAUCCCCUGAGGUUAAAGGUGUAGAGGUGACCACCAAGAGGAGGUCCAGCAGCCCUCCAUCCUACCAGCAGGCUAUCCUACAGCUACAGGGGAGUAGGUCUCCCUUCUACAGAGGCACAGAGAAACCCCUCACCAUAAGGGAGCUACGGCUGCUGCACGACCAGGCCUGCAAAGUCACCCACAGACCACCCACCAGAAGUGACGUCACCCAGCAGUCCACUGGAACAGGAAGUGAGGUCAGCCAGCCCCCCCAGGGUGUGUUCUAUGGACAGAGUGACUCAACACUGACUCUCCAGAGGCAUAAGUCUCAUUCCCUCACCCCGGCCAUGGAGGCUGGCUGCAAGGUCCUCACCAUGCCUCGCAGAGCCUCUGAGCCCUCAUGCGUGAAAGACGCAGCCUCCAGCCUCACCCUGGACAGGCCCAGGGUCAAAGAUCAGCAGCUCCCUGAGAGCGGACUUAGAGUCUCUGACGUGGAGCUACAGCGCAACGGAGCAGGCCCGAACUCAGAGCCACGGAUCUGCCUGUCUCCCUCUGCCACGCGGGCAGUGAGGGACUACUUUUCCUCGCAGGGGCGGGUGGAUGCAGACGCGUGCCUGGGUAGGAGUCAGGAGGUUGCUCUGGCCCUCGUCCAGGGGAAGAGGGAGUGGCAGAGCAGGAAGUGUAGUGACCCUUGCGUCGACGACUUUGACCAAAUGUUAUUUGCUGAGGAGUCCUACGUUUAA